CGAGUGAGACAGUCCGACGAUCCCAUCAGGUAACGCGCGACUCUGCCUCUCCGAAAAAAAAUCACAAAAGUUCCGUCUUUCUGCAAGUUAUUUUCUGCCUUAAGGAUCGUUUUAUAGACAAGGCACGAUGCCCCUGGGUGUCCGGCCGUGCUGUUCCACAUGUAAGACCACGGACUCGCCGAUGUGGCGGCGGAACGAGCUCGGAGACGUCCUCUGUAACUCCUGUUCCCUGAAACAGCUCAACUCGGUGCCGGCGGUCACCCAGGAAAACGGCGGUGACUGCUCCAACAACACUACACAGCCUCUCCAGCACCAGAACGGCAACAAGGCGGAGAAAAUACAGCUCAGGAAGUCCAUGCGAGUCCGCUCGGCGAAGACUAAGGCGCUACAGCAGACGGGGAAGGGCACGGUUACAAAGGGCAAGAGCAGAAGGAUCAUCUUCAAGAAAAACCCACUGAAGGCCCCAGCAGCAGUAUCCACCAUAGUGACCAGUGAAUGCUUUUUCUACAAGGGCAUCUACUACCAGAUGGGAGACAUAGUGUCCCUUAUGGACCAUGAUGGAGGGAUCUACUAUGCACAGAUCAAGGGUUUCAUGCAGGACCAGUACUGUGAGAAGAGUGUGGUCAUCACCUGGUUGUUACCCACCCAGGCCAGCCCCCGGGACCACUUUGACCCUGCUACAUACAUCCUCGGUCCAGAGGAGGAGCUUCCCCGCCUGAUGGACUGUGUGGAGUUUGUCUGCCACGCCCCGUCAGAGUACUUUAAGACGAAGAAGUCCCCGCACCCCACCAUUCCCUCCCGUCCUGAGACAAACUACGUGUCUGCCUGUGUGGCACCCAAACAGCCGCCCAGCACAGCAGAGAUAUUUGGAGGAGAGUCCUGACAGGGAGCUGGAUCUUGUUGUAUAUAUAGAUAACUCAUUACCUGCUGUAAAUACAAUAAAGAGGAUUCUCGUAAAUUU